AGCCGAGUCUUAGCGGAGCUGUCCGGAACAUCCGGCUGGAGCUUCUUAACAUAAACAGAAAUGGCGGAGGCAGCAGCAGCGUCUACGGCGGCUUCUUCACCCACAGGCGGCUGGACGAAACAAGUCACCUGCAGGUAUUUUCUGCACGGCCUUUGCAAAGAAGGAGAUCAUUGUAGAUACUCUCACGACCGUUCUAGCAGCAAACCUGCAGCCAUGAUCUGCAAGUUCUUCCAGAAGGGAAACUGCGUGUUUGGAGACCGAUGCAGGUUUGAGCACAGCAAACCCGUAAAGAAGGAGGAGCUGCCCACUACCCAGACGCUGCCGCCAGCCUCUGCCUCCGGCCCGCAGGCCCACCCCUCCGACCCUGAAGCCUCGUCCGUAUCGCCUGCAUCAGGGGCUCAGGACUGGGUCAUGGCUGCUGAGUUCGUUCCAGGGCAGCCUUACUGCGGUCGAGCUGAGCCGGUGAAGGUGGAAAGCUCCACCCCUCUCAUCGAGGAACUCGACAGCAACGCCGGCCCCGACGGCAAAGACCUGCGGAAGCAGCUGUGUCCGUACGCCGCUGUCGGAGAGUGUCGCUAUGGAGUCAACUGUGCGUAUCUCCAUGGUGACGUGUGCGACAUGUGUGGUCUGCAGGCUCUGCAUCCCAGUGACAGUGCCCAGCGCUCGGAGCAUACCAAGGCGUGCAUCGAAGCUCAUGAAAAAGACAUGGAAAUUUCAUUUGCCAUCCAGCGGAGUAAGGACAUGAUGUGCGGCGUCUGCAUGGAGGUCGUGUUCGAGAAGUCCAACCCGAGCGAGCGGCGCUUCGGGAUCCUCUCCAACUGCAGCCACUGUUACUGUCUGAAAUGCAUUCGCAAAUGGAGGAGCGCCAAGCAGUUCGAGAGCAAAAUCAUCAAGUCCUGUCCAGAGUGUCGAAUCACAUCCAACUUUGUCAUCCCCAGCGAGUACUGGGUGGAGGAUAAGGAGGACAAGCAGAAACUCAUCCAGAAAUACAAGGAUGGCAUGGGGAGUAAACCAUGUCGAUAUUUUGAUGAGGGCCGUGGAACUUGUCCUUUCGGCUCCAACUGCUUCUACAAACACGCCUUCCCUGAUGGACGUCUAGAGGAAGCUCAGCCCCAGAGAAGACAGACUGGCUCCAACAACAGGAACCGGAACUCGAGGCGGACGCCACUGUGGGACAUCUUCGAUGAGAGCGCAGACUCCUUUGACAACGACGAUGAGGAGAUGGUGACGUUCGAGCUGAGUGAAAUGCUUCUCAUGCUGCUCGCAGCAGGAACCGACGACGAAGUGACGGAUUCAGAGGACGAAUGGGACUUGUUUCAUGAGGAACUAGAUGAUUUCUAUGAGAUUUACCUAUAGCGGCUCCCUCCUUAAUCACCACUACCCAUAUAUUCUAGCCAUUAGAAUGGACUGUCUCGUGAGUGAUGGACAGUAGCUUCCCCCUGUAUUGUGGCAGUGCCUUUAAGCAGGCCAUCAAUAAAUGAACUUAUAAAAACUUUAAAAAAAUCCACCUCUGUGCGCUCGUGCUAAACAUUUUAUAGACCUCUAUCUUUGUGAGUUUUCCUGUGUGGUUUAUUAAAAUACAAAAGGACAAAAAUAAGUCGAUAUAAAAGCUAAUUAAAGUAACAGUGUGGAGAUAUUGCAGAAACUUUGUCCAGUUUGUUCGUGGAUUUGACUUCUUUAUCCAGGUAUUUGUACAUAAUUCUGAGACUCUGCACCCAAACUUUCUCAGCACCGUUUACUGUAACUCAGAUGGGCAUGUUGUAUGAUUUUACAAAUGGUUGUUGAAGGCCGGGACUUCUUUUCCGUCUGUUAAUAAAAGCUGCUGAUGUUUAAUAAAUUUACCAUUACCACUUCCUGCUG